UUCUCUGGUUUUCAGUUUGCAAGACAUAUUAAGAAAUCUGAAGGCCAAAAAACACCAAAAGUUGAGUUACAGAUUUCCAUAUAUGGCGUAAAAAUUCUAGAUCCAAAAACAAAGGAAGUCCAGCACAAUUGCCAGCUCCACAGGAUAUCAUUUUGUGCUGAUGACAAAACUGACAAAAGAAUAUUCACUUUCAUAUGCAAAGAUUCUGAAUCAAAUAAACACUUGUGUUAUGUCUUUGACAGUGAAAAAUGUAUUAAUGAAUUAGAAACAGAAAAUCUGGAGCUAAAAAAUAAGGUGCAAGAUUUGGAGAACCAGUUAAGAAUAACCGAAGUACAUACAUUGCCAGUAAGUACACUGAGCAAAAAUGUUUCUCUUAGCAAUUUAUGUUUCUAUUUUCAAUUUUUGUUUUAUUUCCAUCAUAAACCAGCGUUGAAUUAUAAGAAUUACUCUAAUAGAGAAAUGUGUAUUAAAUUCAUUAAAUUUACAUACAGUUUAUUAAAUUUCUCAUCUCUCUAUACAAAGCGAGUCUGGGCUUUAUUACUUUAUAAAUAACUCAAGAGACUAAGAUAUCUAAUAUUCCAUCCUUCUCCUGUUGCCCCCACAAAACAAUAACCCUAUGAGGUGAGUUGGCUGAGAGAGAGCGGUCACCCACUUGG